AUGGACACUAGCGCGGAGGGGGAGGCGUUCGAACGUGCAACAGUGUCUUAUGAAAACAAGGGCGCCCGAUUUGUCAUCUCGGGCCCCCGCAGCUUCCAGCGCCAGUACGCCCAGCUGUACUUCUCCCGCCUCGCGCGCCUCUCCCGUAACGCCGCCGCCGCGGCGCGCACCAAGUGGCCGGGCGUGCCGCUGGUCAAGACGCUGGGGGUGGGGGAGGACGUCGACUGCGUCGUCAUCGGGACGCUGUUCAAGCAGCAGCGGCUGCGUCCGAGCGUGCUGGAUGAAUACACCAAAGACGGCGCCCUCAAGCAGGCCUUGGGUCUGACAAAUUUCUGCGAUGCGGCCGACACGAUAGUCAUGGAGGACGAGGGGGCGCGGCUCGUGCUGCGCGGCGCGUCGGACGCCGCGCUGCCCGUCGGGGUACUGGUGACGGGCACCGUGGCGGCCGUACGCGGCCGGGCAGAGUCUGGCGGGGACUUUGUG